UGAUUGACUAUAUAUUUUUUAUCAUUUGCGGUUUCUAAAUAAUGGUCUAUAAAGCAAGGUAAAAUAACCAUAUUUUUUGCAGAUUUAUUCAAUGCAUUUUAAAGAAAGUUUUGACAAGUAGGUAUUAUAAUUAUUAUGUAUUUAGUUCUAAAACAUCUUAUUAAACAUAUCUCUAUUGGAAACUUAUUAGAAAAAACAUAUCAAAAAUUAUUUAGUCUAAGGCCUCUUAAAAUAUGAGUAUUCAAUCAUCAAGAUUAAUUUCAUAAAAUAACUCUUAACGAGCAGACACUAAUGAAAAUAUGCUAUCAUUAUAAACAUAAAUACACAAAUAUUAAAAGAGAUUUUUUUAAAACAAUCAAAUUUUGAGUCCGAAUAGAAAGAAAUAAAAUAGUCAUUUUAAAUUGCUAGCCCAUAAUUUUAAUGCUGAUCAAGAUAAUUAAAAUUUUAAGAAUGAUUUUAUAUUAGAGAGUGAAUAAAAUGAAUAAUUAGAGAUAUCUGAUCCUAAAAAAGUAGAAAUUUAUAACUUUUCACCUAAAUCUUCUAUAUUUAAUUCUAAAAUUUAAUUUUAUCAUAAAGAUUAAUCCAGCAUUCUAAACAACUGAAUAUAUCUAGUUUGUGCAUAUCUUUUUAUAUAUAGGCAUUUUAUUUAUGUA